CACCCAAGCCAGGCCAGGCACCCUUCCUCUUGAAAAUCAUUCAUCAAAACAUAUCCCACAAUGCAAUGCAUCCAAUCCAAAAGCGCGCCACCUAUUUCAUGAUCACAUGCAUGCUGCUUUUUCAUGGCUGCCUUGUCUCUGUGUGAAAUCCCAAUUGGACAUCAAAAUCUGUCUUGCAAAUUUGGUUUAUACCUGUGACGCACUCAGCCAGUGAAGGAUGGCUAGUCCGGAUCCAGUUCAGGAGGAAAUGGGAGACAUCCUAUCGGCCUUCGGAAUCCCAGACCUAGCCAAGCACAUCGUCCCUAUCCCAUUGCCUCCACUGGACGUCGAUGACGAGGAACCAACGGGUGGAUCCAGGGGGGAUCCAGAGGGGGAGGACCCGGAGAAGGAUCAUCCAAAGAAGGAGGAGGAGGAAGCAGAAGGUGGAGACACCAGCAAGGAUAGAGAUGAGGAUGAAGGAGAUGAUGAUCAAGAUGAGGGUACCAAAGCACAGGAAGCGGAAGAAAUAACGGAUGACAAAGAGAAUCCUGAAGAAGAUAUGGCAAUGGAGACUGAUGAAGGUACAGACAGCAUUACCGAUGUCAGCCAAAAUGAAGAUGAAGCUCCUUCUCAAGAUAGAAAAAUAGAAACCUCCAUGAAGCAACCUCAAAAGGCUGUCCCUGAUCUUGGUCUGAAGCAGAGUGUAGCAUCCCUUCAUGAGGAUGAGACAGGCGCCCAAAAGACCUCCUUGAUUAAGGAACUUCUGAAGUCCACUUCCAAACCAGUAAUGACGUCCCGGCUUCAAGGUGAUCUUCACCCUCCAGAUACAUCUCUUGAUGUUCCUGAGGAACCAGACAUGGAGGACAACCCAGAGUCUCUGACAUCGGUAGAUGAGUUUAACUCGUUUCUUGAUCGCCAUAAGGAGAGUCGUGAACUGAGGGCAAUGAAGCUGGCAAUGUUGGAAAAGACUAACAGUGUUGCUACGUACCAGUGUCCAGUUCUCACCAAGGAGCAGAUGAAAGUCCUUGACAUGGAUAACACGACUUUCCAGUGUCCUGGUUGCAAUGACACGUACCUCUUCAAGGCGAGCCUGGAUGCCCAUCUGAAUCGUAGGACAGUCCUGGUGACAUUUCGCUGCAAAUUUUGCACAGGGAGAAAAAAUCUUGUCUUCUACAACAAGUGCACGUUUCUUGCUCACCUGCAUUACCAUAACGCGCCUGAAAGUGACAUAGAAAACAUUAAAUCACAAGCUUCCAUUAGUCCUGUGAAUGCCCUGGCCUGUUUGAAGGCAUAUACGAUGCUGACAGCACCAGAGAAGAAAAAGGUAACCACCAAUAAAUCUAGUGUUGUGAGCCAUGCUGCUUUGAAGAAUCCAUUAACACCAUCUAUUACACAUAGCACCACAACAUCAAAACAGUAUGACACACCUCCAAGUGCAGUAAAAACUCAAGUGAUUACUAGUAAUAAAGCGAGAACUGUUGUUUUGCACCCUAAAAAUACAAAUCAAUUACAAUUAGUUCAAAAAGAUGGCCAAACUUCUUAUUUGUGUAUGGGAUGUAAUGUGAGGUAUGAGAAGAUGAUCCAUCUGAGUAGUCAUUUAGGCAGGUCUGAUCAUGUACCAAAGGCGAAGUAUGGACACAAAGCUUGUCUUCACCAGUGUAAUGUCUGCAAAUUGCUUUUGGGCAACACCUGUAAGCUCAAAAUGCACAGCCUCAUUCAUAAUGACCAAAUAAAACCAAUGCCCUGUCCAGAGUGUGGUUGCUUGUUCACUGAUCUCAAAUCGCUCUUGAUUCAUCAGAACGAUGGAUGUCUUCAUUGGAUGACGCGGCCACUCUUCAAGUGCUGCUUCUGCAACAAGUACGCCACCACCUUCGCGGGAUUGGUGAAACACUUUGAGCAGUGCCAUGUUGAGUCUUUCUUCAAGUGUCCCCUCUGCCAGCUGGCCUUCCGCACCAAGCAGUCAGCAAAUGAGCACUCGCUGCAAAUUCAUAAGCUGAGUAAUAACGUGUACAGUCUGCUACGCAAGUGCCCCUUCUGUAAGAGUGUGUACUCAGAGGGAGGCAUGUUAUUGAACCAUUUUGAUGGUCACUUCAAGGAAGGACUCAUUAAGAUCGAGAAGUUUGUGUAUACAUGCCCCUUGUGCAAUAGGCCUUUUGAUUAUAAUUUGGCCUUACUUAAUCACCUGAAAAAUGAACACGGUAGAUCCAGCACCAACAUGUUCACCUGUGAUUUGUGCCUCUCACCUUUCAGUUCUGUGACCAAUCUCAUGAUCCACAGACAAAAUUGCCAUAUAAAGCCUAAUAAAGAGUUGCGUAACAGUGAGCCGGAAAGGAAGAAUCUUGGCCAGUCCGCCGGAAACACAAUUGUAUGUGGGGAAUGUGGGGAGAAGCUCCCGAAAUUCGACAUGGAUGCCCUCCAAAAGCACAUGUUUGAAAAGCAUGGAGGGCAAGUGAAAAACAGUCUAGCAACGCAGAUGAAGAAAGAGGUCACAACUAUUGAUAAAGUACAAGAAGAUGCCACUAGGCCAAAGGGCUCGGGGGAACCGGCAAAGGACUCUUCGGUCACUAAGGCGGAGGCCACUAAGGUGACGGUUAGUCGCUUCACCGAUCAGCAGUGUGCCAAAUGUCAGUUCAAAAGCAAAGAUCGACUGGUCUUUGAGAAACACAUCCGAGGGCACAAAGCAGAGGAUUCUCUCAACCAAUGUCACGAGUGUGGUCUUUGCUUCACUGUAUCGAUGUCGUUGAAGAAGCAUCUCUUUAUCAAGCAUAAGAUCAAGAACAUGGAUCUCUACAACACUACGUAUGAUGAUCUGAUACCGAGAUGGGAAGAUGACAUGAAAAAGAAGAAACUUGAGGAGAAAGAGAAAGAGCGGGAAUCCACAAAAUCAGAUAUGAAGGAGGAAGAUGAUGGAAAAGCGGAGGCAGCGUUAGAAGAGAAGGACAAUGCCGAAGAGGAGAAAGUGGAGGAGAGUAGCCUCUUCAAGUGUAAAGUUUGCAAGGUUGAGUUUGAGAAUGAGAAAGCCCUUACUGUUCACGCGAGGAGCCAUGGGCUGGCUUAUCUGCAACAUACGCUCUCCCGGUCCCCGGAGAAAGCGGCACGAAUGCUGAAUUCAAAACCGGCAACAUCGUCCCCACAAUCAACGGAGGUUGUAGAAAAGCCGAAGACAUCGCCUGUUGUGAAGCGAAUGCUGCCAUCAGACACAGAUAGUAGUACCUCCAGUGAUGAAGGCAGUUCCAUUGAAGAUCAAAAUGGGAAUUAACUUGUGAGCAUUCCAUUGCAGAUUCCAUUCCUCUUGAUAUAUGUCUAAAGCCUGGCAUACAUUAUGCGAUGUCAUUGCAAUCCAGAAAAUUCCAACCAAUAAUAUCGUAGCAAAUCAGAAUUCAGAAUAGUGAUAAGACUAAUGAAAUGUUGAACUUCAAAUAAAGUCAUUUUGUUUCUUGGAAAAAUUUGAUGCAAAAUGUGAUUGAAUAAAAUAUCCUGUCACAUCAGAUUACAUCGUGUGCGCUGGGCUUUGUAAGGAGAUGCUGGAAGACAAUUUUUUUGAAAUCCAUUGCAAAUUUCUGGUGCUAGUUAUCAAUUGUGUGUAAUUACAACAAAUUGAUCUUUUUUUUGUUGCAAGAAACAGACUGGCAAUCAAAUGCAAAUUUUGCAAUUUAAUUUGCCAGUUAGUCAGUUACAAUUGCCUAAUAUUUGGGACACAGGUUUAAUUUGCAAUCAAUUGCAAGUAUUUUGCAAUGCCUGGGCAAUAAGGCCCUUAUUCUGAAGUUGGGUUUGGUUUUAUCUCUGUUCUGUAUAUGUGUUUAAACAAUGAAUAGCCAUUCCUGAUGCAAAUAACUAUUCGUCAUCUGAUCAGAUUUGAUAUUCAAAUCAUUCAUAAAAUAAUUUUUUCAACAUUAAAGGGGUAUUCCAG